GCUGGGAGAACUACUAGAAAUUUUGCAGUCUCGUUCGUUCGUUGUGCGUGUGCGAAAAUUAAAGUGAAAAACGCUGGAAAAGCUACGUAAAAGUUAUUCGUGGUGGUCACUACCUGGCCAAUUGAGUUUGUCUUCCGCCGGGCUUUCCGAGUUGGUUUGAGUUCCGGCCCGAGCAGAACGGUCCAACUAGUGAAAAUGUCUGGCGAUUGACUGCCCCACCGAAGGCAAGGUCUGUUGCUGCAAUUGUACGAAUCUCUGCUCGUAUGUGUGGGAUAAAAACGUAGAACAGUGCUCUUAUUUUUACGUCUACUGAUUUGCCCAUCUGGAAUGGGUGCGUGAGAUAAUAAAUUUCAUCACAAGGAAAAAAGUUCGAUAGGCGGAAGGUUGAUUGGAAAUUCGUUAAUCUAGCUUAAUCACCAGGAACGAUCCUCUGGUGUUCAGUAAUCACGGCCAUCGUCUAUUGUGAGUGUGAGUUGGACCCUGUUCACUCCUUUUUUGCCCUCGGAACGGUGUGAAGUUGUAUGUAUUUAAUAUAUUUUUUGUGUGCAAUCGCCAUUUUGUGUUCCGACGAACAAGUGAACGAACGAACGAAAGGGAAGAAAGUUUUCUGCGGUGACCGUGGCCAACCGUGUCCGAAGGCAGACUUCGCCAAGGGUUCGCUUAGGGACAACCGUUCGAACGGAUCAAAAACUUGCUAGAGGAGACAAGUUCCUAGACGCACUGCUGGUCACGGAUCGUGUUAUGUACUAUUAUCACAUAGCGGAAAGCACAAAACGUCAUCUUCAGGGGCGCUCCCCGAAAUUUGAUGGGGCAAGAAGUUUUUCUUCGUCAACAGUGGCGGACUACUUCCGGUCGGAGAGUACCCGAAGAAGACUGAGUUCGGACUGGCUAAGCUUACUUACUCGACGGAAGUAACGUUCAGGGGCGGUGAAAAUGUGCAUCAAUUUGUCAGAUUGUGAUAAAUACAGCACCCGCAUCAGGGGUAAGGGGCAGUGUUCGAUAAGCUUAGUGAUAGAACAAAAAUAGUUAUGUGGCACCUAUUGGUCUAAUCAGUUAGCAAACAAAUGACAAUAAUAGCAAAUGAGGUAGAGUUUAUCGUAACCAAUCGCUCAAAUGCAGCGAUAGAGGAAGCAUAAACAACGCAACGGUGUAGAAAAAGAGAGAGAGAGAGCCGCAUACAAAGUGGAAGAAAAUACACUAACAACCGUGCGAUAGCGAGAAAGUGCUGCAGCGCGCAGAUCCAAAUACAGAAGUAAAUAAUCGAAACGUGACGCGUGUGUUAUAAUCGUUUGACCGCGAGUGUGUGCCCCCUCUCCUCGAGUUGGUUCCCUCCCCAGUGCUGCUGCUACAGUCAGUAGUAUGCCUAUAAUGAGGCCAGGAAGUCUGAAGGAUCCCGAGAUAGCUGAGCUUUUUAAUAAACAUGACCCGGAGAAGAUAUUCGAAGACCUGCGCGAGAUCGGUCAUGGAUCGUUUGGUGCGGUAUACUACGCUAAGUGUAACCUCACGCGGGAGAUUGUCGCAAUCAAGAAGAUGUCCUACAUGGGCAAACAAAGCAUGGAAAAGUGGCAGGAUAUCUUGAAGGAGAUCCGGUUCCUGCGGCAGCUAAACCACCCCAACACCAUCGAGUACAAGGGAUGUUAUCUGCACGAAAAUACCGCCUGGUUGGUGAUGGAGUACUGCGUCGGAUCGGCAUCGGAUAUUAUCGAGGUACACAAGCGACCACUGAAGGAGGAUGAAAUUUCAGCUAUAUGCGAUGGAGUGCUGCGUGGGCUGAGCUAUCUUCACAGUCUGGGUAGGAUUCAUCGCGACAUCAAAGCCGGCAACAUCUUGCUGACCGAACAGGGCGUGGUCAAGUUAGCUGAUUUUGGUAGUGCAGCUAUCAAAUGCCCUGCCAACAGUUUCGUUGGAACACCUUAUUGGAUGGCACCGGAAGUGAUUCUGGCAAUGGAUGAAGGGCAGUACGAUGGCAAGGUAGACGUUUGGUCGCUUGGAAUUACCUGUAUCGAGCUGGCGGAACGGAAACCUCCCUACUUCAACAUGAACGCAAUGUCGGCGCUGUAUCACAUUGCGCAAAAUGAGGCUCCCACGUUGCAGGCUCCGGACUGGGCAGAUGUGUUCCGCAGCUUUGUUGAUUUUUGCUUGAAAAAAUCUCCGGUGGAGCGACCAAACUCUAGUAAACUGUUAACUCAUUCAUUCGUGACUAGGAUACGAUCGCCAAAUGUGCUAAUUGAUUUGAUAGCAAGAACAAAAGCUGCCGUUAGAGAAUUGGACAAUCUGAACUAUAGGAAGAUGAAAAAAAUUUUAAUGGUCGACUCUUGUGAAACGGAAAGUAACGUCGGCGAUGCGGAGGACACACCGGACGAGCAAAUCGGCGGCGACAGUAGCAAAAGUAACAGUAUCACCUCAGAACAUUCACUCCACUCGGUGGAUCAGCAUGGCGGAAUUAUACGGAAUGCUUCAAGGCAUCGGUUGCCAGGAUCUGGGUUGCCGCCAAUGCAUAACAGCAGUAUGAACAACUCUAGUGGCCGGGACGGUUUGAUACCGGGCGAAGGUAUUGGUCGGAUGGGUUUCGGAAUUGGUGGAGGCAGCGGCGGAGGUAUGGGCAGUAUUAAUGCUGGUGGAAGUUGUUCUGGUUCCGGGAGCAUCAGUGCCCAUGCUGCGGGUUACCAAAACUCGUCAUCUAGUCCCGUUGUACCUCAUCACCAUUCACAUCAUAAUCACGUGUCUCAAGCGGCCGCCAAUGCGGUUGCCGAACACGGUGCCAAUAACUUUGCUACUAUUAGAACGACCAGUAUUGUGACGAAACAGCAAAAGGAACAUAUGCAGGAGGAAAUGCACGAACAAAUGUCUGGUUACAAGCGAAUGCGCCGUGAGCAUCAAGCAGCGCUGGUGAAGCAAGAGGAAAAAUGUAAGGUGGAAAUGGAGCAGCAUAAAGCAGCUCUAGACAAGGAAUACGAUCUGCUACUGCAUAACUUUACUAGAGAACUAGAGAAAUUAUCGGCUAAACAUCAGCAGGAAAUUGAACGUAGGACUAAGCAGAACAACGUUGCAGAGAAGAAACUUUAUAAAGAGAUAUCGACGCGACAGGAAGGAGACCGGAAGGCGUUCGAUUUGUAUAAAAAGAAGGAAUACAAAGCGAACAAGGAACGCUGGAAGCGCGAACUGUCGAUGGACGAGUCUACUACCAAGCGGCAACGCGAUGCUACUUUACAGACUCAAAAGGAUAACAUGAAGCAAGCGGAGGCCCAAGAAGAGCAACGAAUGCUGCGGGUACAAAAGAACUACAUCGAGCUAGAAAUGCGCAAGUUCCGGAGGAAAAAGAUGAUGCUUUUGCACGAGGUCGAAAACCAGCUGCUCAGAGAUGAAUUGAGCAAGAAGCAACAACAACUGGAGCAGGCGCAUGGUAUGUUAAUCAAACACCACGAAAAGACUCAGGAUUUAGAAUAUCGGCAACAGAAGAGUGUUCAUGCCCUCCGAGAGGAGCAAAUAUCUAAACAACACGAGAGUGAACUGCGUAACCAAAAGGAGUACAUGGACCGGGCCGAACGGGAGCUGUUGAGGAAGCAUGCGCUAGAACUCAAGCAGCAACCGAAAAGUCUGAAGCAAAAGGAACUUCAAAUACGCAAACAGUUCCGGGAAACGUGUAAAACUCAAACGCGUCAGUAUAAGGCACUGAAGGCUCAAAUCCUGCAGACAACACCUAAGGAAGAGCAAAAAGCUGUGAUAAAGCAACUGAAGGAAGAACAACAUCGCAAGUUAACGUUACUGGGUGAUCAGUAUGAACAAAGUAUUGCCGAUAUGCUGCAGAAGCAGAGCUUACGGCUCGAUGAAAGUCAGGAAGUCGAAUGCCAUCAACUGAAGGACCGGCUGCAGUACGAGCUGGACAUUCUUAGCGCUUACCAGAGCAAGAAUCGCAUGCAAGCGCAAGCUCAGCGAGAUCGUGAACGCAAGGAGCUAGAGGAUCGAGUGAGUGUGCGGCGAGCAUUACUGGAGAGUAAGAUGGAAACCGAACUGCAACAGUUCAAUCAGGAACGGGCGGAACGGAUACGGCUGCUCAGGGAACGGCAUGAGAAACAGCUGGAGUUAUUUGACGAGGAAUCGGCACGGAUGGGCUUUAGUGCGCUGGCGUUAGCCGAAGCAUCCAAAGAAACGUACCCGGACGAAGAGGGCAGCCUGUCCGGCUCGAUGCUUAGCUUGGCACAUAGUAACAGUUCUACUAGCUUUCCAGCAGGCUCGCUAUAGCAUAAGUCCAGGUGGACAAACACUUUAUCGAGUCAUAAUUCUAUGUAGUGAGAUUUUGUCGGGCAGGAUACAUGCUUGUGGAAUAGUUGGACAGGUUGGCGAUAGAGGGGACGCUUGUGCAAGGUUAGCUGGAAUCAGUAUAGUUUUCCUAACUCCCAAACGGGGGUGGCAACAAAUUGAAUGAUGACAUCGGGAUCGCACUCACACACACAUCUAUUUCUGCUUUGCAUCUAUCCGCCAGUGAAGAAUAAGAAGAGUUUUUGUUCUUUAGAAUAUUUUUUAUCAAUUGUUAUCCAUAUUUUGUGGAUGUAAUUAGAACUACCAUUGGUUAUAUUUAGACGAAUUUUGACAAAACUUUAACUCUGGAAGUAAACACAAUAUAAGAUAGGGGUCAUUCCUUCGAAAUUCUAGUCAAAUCAUUGUUUUUACCGACAAAAGUAUCCGAUGCCGAGCAUACCAAUGCUCCUGUUGUAAUUGUCCCGAAAUAAUACUCAUAUUGAAUUCGAAUGAUUCUUAGCUGCUAAGGAACUUCAAAACAUCGCGAUUCCAUUUGUAAAUAAUCAAUCAUUUGCUUAAUCAAACUUUAUUUCUACGCCGUAUUAUAUAGUUUCAAGAAAAUCAUGGGGCAGUUAGGAUGCCGGAUGUAUUGCAUGCAUUCGGCAUUGGAUAAUAUUUAUUGGCUUGUAAAUGGUACUAGGGUCUAGCAAUGAUUUCUUGUUUGUUGACAUUGCAGACCAGCUCCAUAUGCACGAUUUAACUUUUCUUAGGUCCCGAUGCAGUCACAGUUUCGCCUGUAAAACUUCCUUUGCCAUUCCCGUUAGAUAUAUUGAACCAUGCUGGUAGCGUAUGAUAGUGAGACUAUCAGUAGGACCCUUGCUCUCAAGGAAAUCCAUAUUGCAAACAAGACGUAGGAGAUGUAUAGAAGGGCAGUGAAAUUGUUUCUAUGCUUCAUUAUUAAUACUACUUAGCUUAUACCAUUACUGCAAACAUAUAAGUAAAGCGUAGGAACUAGUUAUCGGAAAAAAACAAAAGCUUUUCCUUUGUUUUCUAGUUUUGUAAUUUAAAUAGUAUCUAUGAAAGAAAAUGAACACUAAAGAUAGAAUUGCGACGUCUCUGCUGGAGAUUAAUACAGCGAUUAGAGCACGACUCUAGAAGUAAAUAAACGAAAAGGGAAAAUAACGAAACUAAUUUAUAUUUAUACAGUAUGUUUAGUAGAUUAUCAUUUCCGUUAUACAGUUCCCUUGUUUUUGUAAAUUCUUUUAGUUUAAAUUGUGUAACAAAAGAGACACACUGCUAUUCGUUUAAUUUUUACCAUUUAGAACAGACGAAGGCGCAUUAGGAAAAAAAUAGUCGUUAUAUUGAAGAAGGAAUGCAACACAACUGCAAUUAGUUAUAUAAUGUUUUAGUUAUAAAACAAUCCAAGUAAAAUCAAGCAAAGGUAAACAAUAAUGUAUUGAAGUUCUCUCACAACUAUUAAAGUAACAACUAGAUAAACUAAUUGAAUUAAAUCAAGCCGAAAAGUAUAUUUAAAAAAUAAAAUAAAGAAAACACACUAAUUAACGAAGAAAAAUUAAUGCUGCUAGGGCUUUUUUACCUUAAUGACAGUGCAUAUUACACGCAAACGCAAAUAAAAAGGAAGCAAACGUAAAGUCACACGAAUUGAGAGUGAUGUUGGAUGAGAGACUGUGCAGUUGGUGUGAGCGAUAUAGUGAGACUUUUUAAAAAAGAGAAACCAACAGAUUUGUUUCUUUAUGAAACAGUAAACCAUGAUUAACAAUACACUCACUUUAAUCAAAGCGCAGAACAUUUUUCCCCACAUAAUAAGCAAAGAUGUAAUUUAAUGGACGCAUUAGUAACGGAACUGACGACUUUGGCUCUAGACAUUGUGAACAAAUUUGCACGGGACUGGAGGACGAUUCAGAUCUUUCCUUCCCAUACACACAUACAUGCACAUACAAGGCAGAACAAAUUACAGCAUAACGCAAGACUAAUAAAUGUGUAGGAGCAAUACGUGAUGUGUGUUCAUGUGCUAAAAACAAACAACAUGAAGUGAAUGAAAAUGUGAAACCAGCUGAUUCUGAUUGAUAGAAUGAUGAUAAUAAACACUAAACCAAUUCAAGUAAUCUAGAAA